AAUUGAUGAUUUGUUGAUUUAUUCUCUGCAUGGAUAGUGAAUUAUUGGUCAUUAAUAAGGAAAUUAAGCCACCAUCUUUUAAUUCUCGAGCUUACAAAAAUUAAGAUGCCAAGACCGCAAUCCACACAAAUUAUUGUUGGUCCUUCAGGUAGAGGGCCUUCUGGAAGUUCAAGCAAUGGUGGUGGAAAUUUUUUUACUCGAUUUCUCCGAGAAGAAAUUUUUGCUCAAGAUAAACGACCGGGAAACAUUGAUAUCUUGAUUUCUACCGGAUUAUUUGCCGCAACCAUUGCUUUUUUGCAGAAUUAUGGUGUAGAAUUGUUGUCCAUAUAAAAAAAUUCCUUUGGAACUUUAGAUGCUAGAAUAAAAUUACAAGCGUAUGUUUGGCAUAUUUUUUUUUUGAUAUCGCUUAAUUUUGAAGUUAACGCAAAAAACGCUUCCUUUUCUUCUUAGAAAAAGGAAUAAAUUAAUAUUUUUUAAUAUAGGCUAUUUUUAUACAAGAAGAUGC